CAGUGAUGGCUGACAGCAGGCACAAUCUUCGUUUGCUUGGCACGUUGUCACUAUGCAACUCAACGUGUUUUGCAAGGAAUGAUCGUGACACACUAUCUCUGGGAGAUAGUAUGAGGACAUCCGGCUAUUUCUUGGAAGAAUUUUCUCUCUACCUUCUUUGAGCCCUGUUGUGCCAGCACAUCUCCCCAUGAGGCUCAGAUCUGUCUGACCUAAGAGCCAGUUGGCAUUGUCCUCCUAACAGAAGCCAGAUUUUCACUGGGGCUAGACUAUUUAUUGACAGUGUUUUCCCAGACUGGCCCAUGAGUGUCUCAUUUCCAAGGUCCCCUGAAGUGCUGCCUCACCUCUGUUUUCCAAAGCACUUGCUUCCUUGCCUCUCCUCCCUCCCCAGCAUCCUUCUCACUUUCUUUCCUUAUAACUUCUUGCACUCUGUGUGUGUGUGUGUCUGUGCACAUGUGUGCAUGUGCGUUUCUUCCUUUUUUAUCUGAAUGAAUUUAUUUUGCAGGUUUUGAAAAGGAAAACCAAUGUUAUCCAGGAUUGUUCAUUAAUUCUUAUCUGUUUCCACAUCUUUGCGCGUGAUCUCUGUGGUUUUAAAAUCCCACAUUUUGAGUAGGUUCUGCUGUUGUCUAAGAAAAGUUGCUUUAAACCUUUGCUCUGCAAGCACCCGAAGAGAACUCAUAAAAAGGAAGACAACAGCAGAUGCAAUCGCGGAUGUGGCUUAGUCCACGCAGCUGCCCCAGAGUGCUGUUUGGAGUGUACCGUCCUCAGUAAUGAAUCCAGAAGAACAAAUCGUGACAUGGCUUAUAUCUUUGGGAGUUUUAGAUUCCCCUAAAAAGACCAUCUGUGAUCCGGAGGAGUUUCUAAAGUCCUCGCUGAAAAAUGGGGUAGUUCUAUGCAAACUGAUCAACAGACUCAUGCCUGGCUCUGUGGAAAAGUUUUGUCUGGAUCCCCAAACUGAAGCUGACUGCAUCAACAACAUCAAUGACUUCCUGAAAGGAUGUGCAACCCUCCAAGUGGAAGUAUUUGAUCCUGAUGACCUUUAUUCAGGGGUCAAUUUCUCCAAGGUUCUGAGUACUCUUUUAGCUGUCAACAAAGCAACAGAAGAUCAGCUAUCAGAAAGACCAUGUGGACGUUCCUCUUCUCUUACUGCUGCUAAUACUUCUCAGACAAACCCACAGGGAGCAGUUUCUAGCACAGCUUCAGGGCUGCAAAGGCAGUCAAAGACAGUGGAGAUGACGGAAAAUGGAAGUCAUCAGUUGAUAGUAAAAGCAAGAUUCAACUUUAAGCAGACUAAUGAGGAUGAACUGUCAGUUUGUAAGGGGGACAUCAUUUACGUCACUCGAGUUGAAGAAGGAGGCUGGUGGGAAGGCACAUUAAAUGGGAGAACAGGCUGGUUCCCUAGUAAUUACGUCCGCGAAAUUAAAUCCAGUGAGAGACCUCUCUCUCCCAAGGCGGUCAAAGGAUUUGAAACUGCUCCACUUACCAAGAAUUAUUAUACUGUGGUGUUACAGAACAUCCUGGACACUGAAAAAGAAUAUGCUAAAGAACUUCAGUCUCUUCUUGUUACUUACUUAAGACCCCUGCAGUCCAAUAACAAUCUGAGCACUGUGGAGGUUAUGUCUUUACUGGGAAACUUCGAGGAAGUAUGCACGUUUCAACAGACACUCUGCCAAGCCUUGGAAGAAUGUUCAAAGUUUCCAGAAAACCAGCACAAAGUGGGAGGUUGUCUACUGAGUCUCAUGCCUCAUUUUAAAUCUAUGUAUCUGGCUUACUGUGCAAACCAUCCUUCAGCUGUGAAUGUACUCACUCAGCACAGUGACGAGUUGGAACAAUUUAUGGAAAAUCAAGGUGCAUCGAGCCCAGGUAUCCUCAUUUUAACAACAAGUCUCAGCAAACCAUUCAUGCGACUGGAGAAAUAUGUUACUCUCUUGCAAGAGUUGGAACGGCAUAUGGAGGAUACUCAUCCGGAUCAUCAGGAUAUUCUGAAGGCAAUCGUAGCAUUCAAAACUCUCAUGGGGCAAUGUCAAGAUCUGAGGAAGAGAAAACAGCUGGAGUUACAGAUACUGUCUGAACCUAUUCAGGCAUGGGAAGGAGAGGAUAUUAAAAACUUGGGAAAUGUGAUUUUUAUGUCACAAGUAAUGGUGCAGUAUGGAACAUGUGAGGAAAAAGAGGAGCGGUACCUUAUGUUAUUUUCAAAUGUCCUGAUAAUGUUAUCUGCAAGUCCUCGGAUGAGUGGCUUUAUCUAUCAGGGAAAAAUACCAAUAGCGGGAACAGUGGUGGCUAGAUUAGAUGAAAUUGAAGGGAAUGACUGCACAUUUGAAAUCACUGGUAACACAGUAGAGAGAAUUGUGGUCCAUUGCAACAACAACCAGGACUUCCAGGAAUGGUUGGAGCAGCUGAACAGACUGAUAAGAGGACCUGCCUCUUGCAGUUCAUUAUCCAAAACAUCAUCGUCAUCAUGUAGUGCUCAUUCUUCUUUUAGCUCUACCGGACAGCCCCGAGGACCCUUGGAGCCUCCUCAAAUUAUAAAACCGUGGAGUUUAAGUUGUCUACGACCUGCACCUCCACUUAGACCAUCAGCAGCACUAGGUUAUAAAGAGAGGAUGUCUUAUAUCUUAAAGGAGUCUAGUAAAAGUCCUAAAACAAUGAAGAAGUUUCUUCAUAAAAGGAAGACUGAGAGAAAACCAUCAGAGGAGGAAUAUGCGAUUAGGAAAAGUACAGCUGCUCUGGAAGAGGAUGCUCAGAUUCUUAAAGUGAUUGAAGCCUACUGUACCAGCGCAAAUUUUCAACAAGGCCAUGGCUCAAGUAGGUUCCCCCAAACUACUUUCUCUAGUACUCGAAAAGAUUCCAUUCCACAAGUCCUACUCCCUGAGGAAGAGAAACUCAUCAUUGAAGAAACCAGAAGCAACGGCCAAACCAUCAUGGAAGAAAAGAGCCUUGUUGAUACUGUUUACGCCUUGAAGGACGAAGUCAAAGAACUGAAGCAGGAAAAUAAAAGAAUGAAACAAUGCCUGGAAGAAGAAUUGAAGUCAAGAAAGGACCUAGAAAAGCUGGUACGGAGGCUUUUGAAGCAAACAGAUGAGUGUAUUCGAGCAGAGUCCACUAGCAAGACCUCGAUUCUUCCAUAACCAUCACUGUGCCACCGGGCGGAGUGUGCCUUCAGGGCAUCUUGAAAUGUGCCUCUGAAUGAUUUGACUCAGUUUGCUCACUUCUUUGGCUUUUGUUUUGUGUUUGAGUCUGUAUCUCUCCCUCUCUCUUCCCUCUCUCUCGUGUGUGUGUGUGUGUAUGUGUUUGUGUGUGUGCGCGCGCACGUGUGCGCCCACGUAUGCUCGGGCAUUUGUUGUUUGGUUGUUCAUUUUUUUUCAACAGGGGAGAAAGCAGGAGGUGGUGGUAGAAAUGGCCCCAGAGUCUUUUCCGUUCAGUAAGAAAAGGAAAGGGAACUCGGGCCAAUUACUUUAAGGGUCUUCAGAUUGCCUUCAGUUCACAGUGCCUCUGCAACAGCCAUUACCCUCAGGUCACGUUCUUUGGGCGGGCUGGCUGCCCUCACAAAGCAGCUGGCCAAGGCUUAUUAAAUGUGAGCCCAACUUUUCCCCCUAGUGCUUUCCUCUGCCUGCAAGCCUGUUAGUACCUAAUUUACUGAAGGCAAAUCUUCCAGAGCUAUGGCUAGAGUAAGAUGAAAGACAAACACAUCUGCCCAAUGAUCCAGCUGCCCUUCCUUAGACCAUCACACGCUACCCCUCAAUCACAGGUUUUCAAAUUACUGCUCUAUGUUGUCUAUAAAACCAAGAAAACUGUAGUACCCUUAUUCCUUUUGUGUUGUGUACAUUGUAACUCAGGGGGCAGAAGCUCUGGUCACCCACACCAACACCAAAUCCAUCAGCAAGUUCUAUUGGACAAUCCUUCCUUUCAGUAGCAGAGUUGACUGCCUUUUCCCAUUGCAUGAUAGGUUUCUUUCCCUCACCUUCUGCCUAGUGUGUAAGUUUUCUAUUUCCCCAGUGCUUUUAGCCAACCAUACCAACUGGUGUGUAAACUAGUAUGUAUGUGCUUCGCUUACUUUUUAAAAAAUGUAGUCAGACUGUGAGCAGUUACUUUAUGUACAUUGCAUAUUCCAACUGUGACCUUUUAUCCUUCAAAACUCUCUGCAUUAAGGAGAUAUUGUGCCCUAGUAGACAGCUUUCAUUCACUUUAUUACUCUCUCUUAUAUGCUGUAAGAAAUUGUAAUAUUCAUCGGCCUCUUUGGGUGGGGCUCUAAGCAGUAUUUGAAGAAAUAUGCUUGUGGUCCAAUUUGUAUAUCCAGAACCAAAGGGCCCCUCUAGUUGUGCUGGAUUAUUUGGGACUGAUUAACUCAAGUUGCUCAUUGAAUCAAACCAUCCACUUUAUCCCAGAAACUAGCACUGUGAGAAACCAGGUUUAGAAGAGAGUAACUGAACAGCACACAUCCAAAUUCAGCACCAUUGAAAGUUGGCCUAAGGCUGAGUGCAACUCACCCUCCCUCCCCCAAAGACAAGAGAAAUUUGGCCAGAUGGGGAAGGUCACUGGUAAGUGAGGCCAAAGUGCUGAUCAAAAUUGCCUUUAUAAUAUACUUGAUGGAUGCCUAUAAAUGUGGGUUUUGCAAAUGUUGUUUAGAAACCAAACUUGAAGGCAGGCAUGGUGGCCCACGCUUGUGGUCCCAGCUACUCAGGAAGCUGAGGUGGGAGGAUCAUUUGAGCCCAGGAGGUGAAGGCUUCAGUGAGCUGUGAUGACACCACUGCACUCCAGCCGGGGUGACAGAGAGACACCCCUGUCUCUGAAAAAACAAAACUUGAAGUUUGAAACCCCCAGCUUGCUGAGGAGCCCUUUAUCUUUUUGGUACUGAGAGUCUCAGUGUCCCGUAGCUAGGUGGUACAGGGCUGUUGUCUGCUUGCUGCACAGCAGAAAUUGCAACAUCCACAGGAAAUGAAGCAUUCUUACAGUCUAACAUCAGCCAAACACACACAGCCAUGUUUGGAAGCUGAAGAGUAAAGAAAUUUCUAGGAAUGGCUGUUGUUCUGUUUUUAAGCACAGCCGUUUAAAUAUAACAUCCUUCAUUUAAAAAUUAAAAACAUCAUCACCGCUACCACCACCAGUGACAACAUCAACACAGAUCUUCACAUCUGCCCAUUCUGUGGUUAGUCAGUGGCUUGCAAUAAGUGUGCAAACUGUAUCUAUAGGAAACAUUUUUCUGAUUAUGAAAUACUUUAGUUGAUUGCUGAAAAUAUUGAAAGGUCUUCAUUUUACAGUGAUGUGUACAUAUGCAUGUUUUGGGGACUUGGCCCUUCUGAUGAGGGGCCCUCGGUACUCUGGAUAACAAAGCUUGUGUGGAGUGGUAACCACGCUUACACACUAAACAAUAAUAUAAAGGAAAUGAAGCCAUGUUAACCUGAGAGCAGUGUCUCCAUAGUUGUGUUGUUUACAAUACUCUACAAAUGGGUUCCUGCUGCCCUUAGAGGCCUUUCAGUUCCUUUUCUGUCCUGUCCCUUCUUAACACAAGCUCAAAUUUUCUAACUUGUUUUUAUUUUGAAGACUUUUAAAAUGGACAUUUUCAAUACAUAAAAAUAAACAGUGCUUUAUAAAAAUAA